AUGGACGGAGUAGGGCUGCCCUCGACUAUGUACGGGGACCCUCAUGCAGCGCGCUCCAUGCAGGCGGUUCACCUGAACCACGGGCCCCAGUUCCACUCGCACCAGUACCCGCACUCAACACACGCCAGUGCCAUACCGCCCAGUAUGGGCUCCCGUCAACGACGCUAUAAAAAGAGACAAAGAUGCCAUUUAUGGGUACGUUUAUUUUACUGCCAACGUAAAGUGUAUAGCCAUUGGGGAUAUUAACCACCACAAAUGUGAGCGAUGAAAGUUUAAGAGAGAGGGAGGCUUUGGGAAAUUCUCGCUAAUUAGAACCUCUUCUGUGUUCGGUCAUUACGCAUGGUGCUAUAUAGGCUUGUUUAAACAUUGUAUAUCUGUUUUGAAAUGUUAAAUUAUGACAUUGUCCCCUGAGAUUUCGAAAAGAUGCAUAGGCUACGUUUGCAUUUGGCUUUCAGUCUAAAUAUGAUGUUAUUUUGCAUUGACAAAAUUCAUGAUUUGGAUGUAGCCUAUUGUUUAACAGGAGCCAGUGGUUGAGUUAGAUAACCUAACUCCCAAAAUGUUUGUAAAUCCAACUCUCAGAAUUAAACAAUUGUACAUCAAACACAUUCUCAAACUGCCCUGCCUACUUCACAAUAAUGUAUAGGCAGCGUUGUUUAUAUUUGUGUGCCAUACUAUAAGCCUAUUUUCAGGGCAAAUGUAAUAGUCUUAUACUCUAUUGUAAAGCUCAUAAUGUAAUCCCACUGAAGAAUAUGGUGUUAUUUCGUUGUCCUAAAAUGUUGAAUCGUGUUCUAAAUAAGGCACUCGAGGGCUGAGGUUGCCAUACGACCAGUUAUGCCUAUAUGACCAACUAUUUUCAUGCAGUAGGACUAGGCCUACUUUUAUAUAAUUAUUGUGCUGUUACAUUUCUGAAUGUUUUAUUAGUGCAGUAUUUAUUCAACUUGCAACUGAAAACAGAAGGCAAUGUGAUUGAAAGUCGAUGUAACCUACUUUCUUAGUUUAGGUUAUACCGACUCGCAAACUUUCCAAGGCGGCGUAUAGUGUUAAUGUCCUCUCUCUUCCUUUUAGGCACCCCCUUUUCCCACUUCUAGCACUGAUUUUUGAAAAAUGUGAAUUAGCAACUUGCACACCAAGAGAAACUGGGGUCGCUGGAGGCGACGUGUGUUCCUCCGAGUCUUUCAAUGAGGAUAUAGCAGUAUUUUCAAAACAGGUUAGACAUAUCUGUUUACUUGUUUUGGUGAAGUUCAAAUUCGUUCAAAUUCUAAUAUUUUAGGGUAAAUAACUGUUGUGCAUAUUUACAUGUUGUGUAAUUCUGAAUUGUGAAAACGUUGUAAGCAAAGCAGUCCCAUGCAUGUGAACACCAUGGUUAGCAAUGAUGUACGACGCUCAGUAAACAGUGAACUUGUAACACUUUUGUUUCAGAUUCGAUCAGAGAAGCCUAUAUUUUCAUCAAAUCCGGAAAUUGAUAAUUUGGUAAGAACUCACUUGCUUUAGGUUAUUCACAAGAACAGUAUCGAACAGUUGGCCUAUGAAUACAUGCAUUCAUUGUCUACAGUAGCCGACACUUUAGUGUGAAUUUGACUUUAUCACAGUCCUUGUUAUUAAUGAUGUCAUAACAGAUACACGUUUGUGUAAUCGUUUUCUGUCAAAACGAUUUUCUUGUCAUAAAGUUUGUUUGCUUUCAUGCUAAUUAUUUUCAUAAUGUUGAUCCUGAUCCAUUUUGCCCACACGUUAUUAAUGGACGUGCGCGUGCAAACACACGCACACGCACGCACACACACACGCACACACACACACACAAUAUUAAUAAUAAUGUAAUGCUCGAAAAUGUGAAUAAAAAUGUUUUAAUGCAAACCCUUUCCUCCUAGAUGAUACAAGCAAUUCAAGUAUUACGGUUUCAUCUGCUCGAGCUGGAGAAGGUAGAUAUACUCAUAACCAUCUCAUGCACUGUGUGACUGAUAGGCCUGGUGCUGUAAAAAUCUUUGAUAUUUUAUCGCAAUCGAUUGCGAUGAUGAAUAGCAUUAGGCUAUAACUUCGUAGUAGAGGUGUAAUAGUGGUGGUAGUAUAGUUGGUUGCCCAAAUAACAUUUUUAUGUUAUGGAGUUGAUAAUGUUGCCAUUGAUGGAAUGCGCUUGAAAAAUAUUAGGCGAGAGCGUUUAUAUAAUAGUCGCCAUAUUGCUCAUGUUAGGCCUAUAUUGCAACUUUCAUUAGUGAGGAGAUCACGUCGCUAAAGUAUCCUACAGUUCUCGCUCAAUUAUAUAAAAAAAAAAGUAAGAAAAAAAAGUAAUCAUUCGUUUUUCUACAAUUAAUGUCAAAUGUAUGUAAUGUAAUGUAGUUCUGCUAUUUUUGAAGCCAAUUUGCUUGAAUCGUAACUUAGGCCUGUCACAAGGGCAAGGGAUAGGCAAUUCUUUAUAAUAUCACUCAUUACCACCAUCUACAUUUUAUUUUUUAGGGCUUUCCCAUAGGGUAUAGUGUUCACUCCGUUUUGAUACAUGUUUGCAGGUACACGAGCUAUGCGAUAAUUUCUGUCAUCGAUACAUCAGCUGCUUGAAAGGAAAAAUGCCCAUUGAUUUGGUCAUAGACGACAGGGACGGUGGAAAUAAAUCUGACAGUGAAGAUUUUACAAGAUCGUCUGGGCCUCUUGAUCAGGUAAGCUCUUGCCUAUCACAUGCGUAUUAAUACAAUUGUCGUCUAUUAAGUGCAUUUGAAUUGUAGGCCUAUACAGAGAACACGUCGCACGCGUUUUAUGCUGUCUAGAUAGUUUUAUCAAAAUAGAUAGGCCUAUGGAAAAAAUAUAAUUUAGGAAAUUGUUGGCCUCCUCUUAGUGAUAUAGAUUGAUAAGUGACCUUAAAAUAAAUCAAAUAUCAAAUGUAGGCCUACCAUUUGACAAAAUGACAAUGUGAACAAAGUGUAUAUUCCAUUUAAUUUCCAAGCAUAAUAAAUGGUUUCUACUUUUUUCUGACAUGACCAUUAACAUGUUUUGGAAAAAACUUGUUUGAAGCAAGGAUCCCGGUAAACAAUUGCUUGGCUUUUAUUAUAUUACUUCAUGAUUAAAUGCUUCGAGGGACUAUGGGAAACAUUUUAAUUGUUAUUAUGCAAUUUUAUGGUGUUUUAUGUGUUAAUUAUGUUCAUUGUGCUGCAUGUGCUCGAAAAAGUUACCGUUGACCAAAAAAGGGGCAAGAGGUGAAGAGUCAAGUCUGCUCCUUUUUCGUGUGAAUGCAAUCAAGCCAGUUUUGAAGUCAUGUUGCACCACCCUUUGAGCAAGGCUUUAGGAAUAUGGAAUCCCUUCCUCCAAGUGCCAUGUCAGCCACACAGCGACUUGUUAACCAUUUAACCCUUUAUUUACCAAAGCAACGAGCAUCAAUUCAGGCAGCUUAGUGGAGUGUCAAAUGGCGCACAACUCAUAUGUCUCGGUGUUUAGUUUCAAACACCCUCCCUAACCUAUAUCAUCCUGUUGUUGAGAUGUUCUGAGUGUCCCAUUCACUUUACUUCAGGGUUCCAAGCUCUGUAUUAUAAAAUAGUCCUCUAUCCAAGCUGUAUUCUAGUGUGAAUCAAUCUACUAUAUAUCACAAAUUAAUAUAUAGCCCAUUCAGUCCCUCUCACUUCCAUCCAGUAGUACUUCGAUCACAUCUGCUGAUUUGCACUUUGAUAGCCUUCGUUGAUUGUGCUGUCACCUGCCAGAGUAUUUUUAUUAUUAUCGAUCAAUCAUCAUGAUCAAUGAUAAGCGCGGGUCCCCUGGGUCUUAUAAGCACUGUUUAUUUAUACUAUUGAUUAAACAAGUUGUGUGGCUCAGUUGGUAAGAGCGUGGCGCUAGCAACACCUGUCGUAGGCUCGAUUCCCACUGGGGUUGCAUAUACUCAAAUGUAAGUCGCUUUGGAUAAAAGGGUCUGCUAAAUGGGAUACAUUAUGAAGUAGCACAUUAAAGUGUAGCCCCUUGAUGUGGAGGUCAACCCAAUAACCUGUCCCACCAGCCUUCACUCUCCCACCCAUAUGUCCAUGCAUGGUACAGCACCCGCCCGACACACACCCUACCUUGCAGGCACUUUGUCCCCACACCUCUAGCCUAAUAGUGUAACAUUUUCACACUUAAUUCCACACUUAAUUUCUCUUCUCAAGUGGGGCUGUAUAGGGAGUAUCUAACACUGGUUAUGGGGGAAUAGUGGGAGGUGGUGACGGUGUUGUGUGUGUGUGUGUGUGUGUGUGUGAUGUGUACAUGUUCGAGUGCAUGUGUGUGUGUGUGUCUCGGUACUUGAAACCCUCCGUCUCUCGGGAGUGGUUCCAUUCUGAUUGAACAAAUCUCUUCAGUCCUAUACUCACUCCCCCUCUUCCAUCCCCCUUGCUAGUUUCGUUGGGAACUCCUCUUGUUGGAGUUGGCCAUCGCAGCUUUAACCAUUUGUGUUCUGAGCAUAUGUUCUAGAUUACCACAGCCUGACGGCAUUCUCUUGGUAUGCAGCGUAAUACAUUAUAUAUAUUUUUCCUUUUUUUCCUUCCCAAAGAGGACUUAUUAUUAGUCAUUUGCUGGUCAAAAACGAUUAGGAAUAAAUGGGUAUGCAUUCUGACCUGGAGUUAGCAAUGAGUUAGCCACGAUGCACCGCCAACUGAGGGGAGUAGCUAGUCAGUGUGUACAGGGCUGUUUGGCUGUGUGUUUGGAAUGACUACAGGCUAUUUCUCCUUUUCCCCACAUGAUAUGUACUGCGUAUGAUAUGGAUAUGAUAUGUAAGGAAACUAAGAAUGUGGCUUUCGUGCCGACAUACCUUUGGGUCUCCAUCCAUAUCUCUUUUAAUCAGUCGGCCGUGGAUUAUUCUCUAUGACUAACUUCACUUAAAGCCCUUGGUUUCAAUAUGACGCAUAGACCAUUGACACGUUCUCUGUGGUAAAUCGUAGCUUCUUGGCUGACUGUCGGUGUCAUGUCAUCCAAUCAGAUCUCGUGGAGCAGAGACCACGAUGACACAGCGUCAGUUCGCUCGGCGGGGACGCCCGGGCCCUCCAGUGGGGGACACACGUCACACAGUGGGGACAACAACAGUGAAGAAGGUAAGGAUUCACUGAUAGGUAAGAUAACUGGAUAGGUGUCCAUCAUUAUUGCUUUUGUCUUUCAAGUAUACUUUCAUAUCAGUAGGAGGAACGAGGAAGCUAUUUUAGAGUUUUGGGACAGAUCAGAUUCACUUACAGGUAAAAAUACUAGAAAGGUGUCCACCAUUAUCGCGUUCGCCUAUCAGGUACUUUCAGAUUAGUGGGACAGUGUUGGCACUGAUUCGAUGUCAAGCCAAUGAGUGAGUGUCACGUGUUGGCGAGUUUGGAUUGGAUGUGAUGUUGACUAGAAAGAGAGACAGCAGAGAGAAAGAGAGAGUGAAUGAUGAGGGUUGACAGAAAAAUGUGAAUGCAGAGCUCAGACCGGGACUGGAUCUGGAAGAAAGGGCGCAUUAUGUUCUAGUCGACUGAGCGACGAUUUAUAUACCAGCCUCUGCGCCUCUUUUAUUUGGACAUGGGGAAAGAGUAAUAACAGAGAGCAGUACACACACACACACACACACACACACACACACACACACACACACACACACACACACACACACACACACACACACACACACACACACACACACACACACACACACACACACACACACACACACACACACACACACACCCCACACACAUUCGAUGCUAGGCUAUCUCCUAAUGGUUGGGGUAGAAGAAGACCAAAAGGGACUCUCUCUCCUCUCCCAUUGGCCGUCUUUAUGAGCAGGGAUCUGGGUUCGUGGACUCCCGCCACACUGUCCAAAUAGUUUCAAUCAGAUGUGUAUCACCUAUUACCAGGGCCAUUUGCAAAGUGCCGUUUGUGUGCCAAGUGCAACAAGUGCUCAGGGGUUUUGUUAUCUCCCGCAUACAUUUGCAGUUUAGCACCGCCACGGGUGGACUGCUUUGGGGAUAUCUGUGUGUUUUAACUCCCAAACACAAAUACAGUCACACUGCCAGAACACUAGGCCCAGAACACAAACACCCCUAAUGCCCUUUUUAUUCCCCAUUUGGAUGGUUGGGGAAUUGUGGCUCCUUCAAGGGAAGUAUUUGACAGAAACAUAUUGGUUGAGCUUCUGUUGGAUAGUGGAUUCUUGGUUGAUCCAUAUUGGGGGAUGUAGUCCAGUGAUACCUUUACACUGGUUCCUUGCAUCUCCUAGAUAGGCCAGAGAAGCUACCAUUGGAUAGUCAUGGUUUUCAGACUUUUCAGGAAAAACCUGAUGCAUACCUGAGGAGGGAUUUGUUAUCUCCCACUUUAACUGUAGGGAGGGGAGGUGUAAGUGCCGGGAAAAAGAGGGAGGAAGAAAGAAACCAGAGGGAAAGCUGGUAAAUAAUGUCCCAAAGAAGGCAAACCGUUUCAAUGACUUAGUUCAUCGCUAUGGUGAUGUCUGCAGUUUGGUCAGACAUUUAACUUCUGUUCAUUUGAACUUGCUGGUAGCCAAUAGAGAAUGUCCAUCCAAGACAAGUAGUCAAUUCAUCUCAAUCUUUCCUUUGUGUAUUGUCUGUGUUUUGUUGUCCAUGGUUGCUUGAAGUUAUCACAGACCUGAGCAAAGGGCCAUUCUUCACAGACCCUUGGAUUGGCCGGCAAUGGUCACAUGGCUGCCUCGCUCCUAUAGGGAAGUGUGUCUUGCAAGAAAUGACCAAUGGUGGAAGCGUGGUGCAAACUAAAAGGUCCUCUCUCCUCCCAGGCCCCUUUCACCAGACCAUGGCCAAUAACAUUUUCUGCAAACACUUCUGAAAAGUUCAGCAAUUGAGCAGGCCAGCAGCUGCUGCGAGCGCCGAGCUUUGACAGCGUGACUUAUAAUGUUUGCGUGAAAAGUGCAAGUUUUUGUGCCUCUUAAUCUUGAUGCUGGAAGAGAAAGGAGCAAGCAGCGAUAUUGAACGGUAGAAGAGAAAAAGGGUGAGAAUGGAAUGAGGGCAACGGGAAUAAAAGAAAGAGGAGGGAGAGAGAGUGAAAGAGGGUGAGCAAUGAACCCUUUGGUUUGGUGUGGGCACGGUCAAGGCUGCAUAACUACAGCUGAGCUGACUUCAUGUUCAGAGUUUUUUUCGGGGCACCAAAUUCCUUUGUAUGGCCUCACUCCUUCACUGGAAGCCAGACAGGAAAGCCGAGAGUAGCAGCAACUUCCCAUGCCACUACCACUUUCUCCGGACCUCCCUAAGUCACUGAAUCGCUUUGCUCCUUCCUUCGUCUUUUCACACAAGCCCCCUUCACAGUCACACAUAGCUGGAUGUAGAGGACGAGGAGUUGACAUGUGCAGCUCUAGUCACUGUAGGGCAUUUCACAAGACACCUAUCCUCCCCCUGUCUCCACCCAGUACACAGGUUGUCGCUGUGAAGCUCGGAGCUGUCACAAACCAUUAGCAGGUUGGGCCCAAAGUCACCCCGGCGGUGGAGUAUCUCUCCUCGUGGCGUUGGACUAGAGAACACUGUCGCAACGCGGUGCAGUGCUAAUGAUGCCGAGAGCUUGUUUAUGGACUUUUAUGAUUAUUUUCACCUUCUCAGACUCUUGUCGGUCCCCGUAGAAUCUCACCUCUGUUUUGGCAGCAGAGGUAAUGGCAGGAGAAGCCUAAGCGAAGUCAACCGCCAAGCUAGUGAAAUCACCACUGGUAUUAUACUAAUGUGGUCGGUAGCUGCCAUAUGCCUGCUCUGCUCGGCUUUAACUGACUGUCUCUAACCUUGCCCGUUGCUGUUAAAAGGGGGGGGGGAAAUAAAUGAAAAUGAACCUCAUUACAGGGCAGAAGAGGUGCAAUAAAAGGACUGGCUCAGACGUUUCUCUGGCACUUGACGAAAAUACUGCAUACGGCAUGAUUGGUAAUUGCAUUUUGUGGAGGAGAGGUUAGCAGUUAGUGAGGGCUUUGCUAAAGAUGAAGUUGACGUAAUGUUGGAUCGAAGGAAGUCUUGUCCCAGAUCUGUUGUGCUGUCUUGCCAACUCCUAUGAUAGAGUUGGCAAGACAGUGCAGAGAGGUCUAGGGCCAGGCUACCUUCAAUCCAGCAUUUCUUCCAGUUCAUCUUUAGCAAAGCCCCCGCUGUGCCCCAGACAAUGACCAUAGGAGUUGGCAAGGCAGCACAAACAGAUCGGAGACCAGGCUAGAUCGAAGGAGCAUUCACAUCCAAUGAGACAUCUUGGAUUACGAACCCAGGGCCAGCAGUGUAGCGCUCCCGGCCAGAUGGGAGCUGAUUAAACAUAGAAGACAAACUUUAGCGGAAAAAACAGCGAGAGGAACAAACUGGGUAUUAAAUCAUUGGCUGGUUUUGGACUACAUCUGCAUCCCAAAUGGCACCCUAUUCCUUACAUAGUGCAGCACUAGGGACCCUGGUCAAAAGUAGUGCACUAUGUAGAGAAUAGGAUGCCAUUUGGGACGCACACUAGGUCUGUGAUAUCUUGGAGAUGUACUGUAUGGAUUUUGGGGGUGGAUAGAUGGUGCUCUGGGUAGGUCAUAUCAAAUCCACAGUACAGUGAGUCAGAGAGUCUUUACAAAAUAAAAUAAAAUGUUCUGGGGAGGGUUGGUGCAUCGCGUGUACAGUACAAGGGAGUGUUUUGAUUGGAACAUUGAAGACUCAACCUAUUCGUUCAGACGCUCUCUUCUGAUAAAUAUGUGAAGGUUUCUUGGAUGACGAUGUUAAUGAGUCAAUCGUCAGAAAUGUAGAGAGAAAUAUAUUUUUCACCAGAUCCAUCCAUAUUUCAGCUUUAGAGCUUUCUCCUCGCAUUCUGAUAGACUGUAGCAGUAACUCUAAUGCGGCAUCCUACAGUUUGAUCAAUAUAUUCAGAGCAGUGAUAAAACUGUGUAAAAAGGGUAGAAUUCCUGAAGAAAAAAUGAUCCGUUGCUGUCUUUUGCCCAGGAUGCUGUAGCAGAAUUCUCUCCUUUUGGUUGAAAACAUUUCUGUUUUAAUGCACCAACAAAACACAUUCAGCUAAACAAGGCCAGGAAAGCACGAUCGCUGGCUAAUCAUGUACAAUUUUAAAAUAUUCCUUCCACAACCCAGAGGAGCUAUGUUGAAAGGUUAGAAUUCCUGAAGCAAAAUGAGCAGUUGUUGACUGUUGUCCAAGGGAAGAUAGCAGGUUACCAUGUUGUAGCAGAAUGGUCCGUCGUUAUCCCUCCAUAACCCGGCGAAAUUGUGUCAAGAAAUUACGUUUCUGAAGUUAAACGAGCAGUUGCUGUCUGUUUGUCCAAGAGGAGAUAGUCGGUUGCCAGAUUGGAGCCGAAAUGUCCCAAACCCCCCCUCCUUAGCUCCCCAUGGAACCAGCCACCCACACUAACUGUUGCCUUUGUUUGGACAGGUGACUGCAUGGACAACGGGGUGGCCUCUCCCAGCACUGGGGACGACGACGACCCUGACAAGGAAAAGAGGGAUCGUCACAACAAGAAGCGAGGGAUCUUCCCUAAAGUGGCCACCAAUAUCAUGAGGGCGUGGCUCUUCCAGCACUUGACGGUGAGUAGAGUGGUGGAUCACCAUUACACUUCUUAGAAGCCAAGCAGUGAGACCUCGAUACCGGCGGCCAUUUUGAGCUCCAUGUUAUGCCCUUUAGCCUCAGUUACGCCCCAGGUAUGUCAUGUCACCUCAAGACUCUUUAUGGGUGUUUAGGGUUGUUGUGACAAGUCUGAAAUGUAGCGAUGAGGGAGGGGACUUUUCCACUGCUGCCUAGCAGGUUUAUGAGGAUUUGGCUGUUGAAAUGACUUUUGAAAUGACCACCGAAGUUGCCAAACUGAACCACGCAUGCGGGUGUGUACGUGUGUGUUUGUUUGACUAGGCAUGUCAAAGCUAUAGUGAGAAUUAUUUUGUAGAUAACUUCUCCCUAACUCUCCUGUCAGUCGCUACGAGUGAAGUGAGUUGUGAGAAAAGACUUUGGUUAACAUUCACACCAUCCAAUAGAGCUAGAACGAGGUAGCAGUAAAAAGGGAGGCCAUAUUCUCUGUGUCCAUAGUCUCACGGAUACAGACUGUUAAAGGGAGACAUAUCUGACAGACACGGACAGAUCUGAUUUACAGCUUUGGCCAAAGCUAGCAAGCUAGUCAAUUGGCCAGCAGGCCUCUGAGAGAGACACACUGAGAGGAUUUUGCUAUGCAGGCAUUUUCCCCCCUUUUCCUGUCCGGGCUCCAUACAAGGAGAGGCUAAAUCAGGAUGUCUCGAUGGGGGUCAAGGUGGCUGCCAGGACCUACCACUGAACCUGGGGGUAGAUGCAGCCUGCAGCAGAUGGGAUGUGGGAGAGAGGGAGGAGAGAUAA